UGCACGGUGCGAGGUGGCGGAGAGUCGUCCCGCGGCUAGAGUACGCGCAGGUUGUUCCGAUCGCUCCGUCGUAAGCCAGAGUCGGCGAUCGGGUCUGGACGGUUAGUCCACGGUUAGUCCACGGUCGUUCGAGCCGUGCAAGGUGCGUCGCGGGUGCCGUGCAUGUGCGCUCGCGCGCCUUACUAGGCGGAUAGUUCGCGCCGGCAUCGGAGAGUGCCGUGACUCGUGAGUCAUUGUUGUGUUGACAGUCGGGAGCGGCAGUCGGUGCGAGCGGAGUGCGCAGCAGCGGACUCUAUCGGCGACCGGUGUCGCGAUUUCGUCGGAAUUUCGGGCGGUUCGUCCGGUGAGGACCCUCGCGUGAAGGGUCUCCCCUCACGUGGCCGAGUUCACGCGAGUCCGCUCACCACUACUACGGCUCGGCGCUAGCCUCCGGGGACCGCGGCGAGUUAUGUAACGGAGUGAGAAGGAGCUAUCGGCCGGACGGAAGGAGCGAGAGAGACGUGGCGAGAGCGACCGCCGGAAGGAGAGAAAGAGCGAGCCAGAGGCAGAUCGCGAGUCUCGGGGAGGCGCAAAAAGAGGUCUGCCGGAACUCUACUCGCGUUUCCUUCUUAUUAUCGGGAUCGGCGACGAUUAAUCGCGCCCUGGGCCGAACGGAAACGCGAGACGCAGGUUGCGAUCUCGAGGACGAGUGCGAGUAGUGGGGAGGUGGUUAUUAAGGGAGUUUCGGAAAGUUUAUCCUUCGCUCUCGGCCGAGUGGAAGAGAGAGGACGAGAUAAGGCGAGUUGCGAGACGCGUAAAAGGUUUACCAAGAAACUUCGGCCACGGUAAAACACUCUCGAGGAAGGAGGAAUUAAGGCAAGGAAAUUAACGGUUUCAGUUAAUAUAUUUAUUUAUCGCUCUUGAGUGGAACUCGAGAGGAGAAAGUGGUCACUCUAGGUGGAGGAGAGAAAAGAGAAAGAAGAGAGACUCAUUUUAGGGCUUCGAUCGUCUUCGGUUAAGCACCGAUGGUGCGCAGCUCGGCGAACAUGGAGUCGACGUUCUACGAGGAGAGCAUCAUCUACGGUACCACCAAUCGGGAGAACAUGGGCCAGCUUAAAAGGAAUCUGACGUUGGACCUGAACGGCGGAACGAGGCAACCCCAGGCCAAGAGGCCACGUCUAGGUCCUCUGCCCCCGGCUCUGAACGCUUUGGCCCCGGUUCUCACCUCCCCGGACUUCCACAUGCUCAAGUUGGGUUCUCCGGAGCUGGAAAAGCUCAUCAUCGCGCAGCAGGAUACCCUGAUGACUUCGGUCCCUACGCCCACGACGCAGAUACUCUUCCCCAAGACCGUCACCGAAGCGCAAGAACUCUACGCCAGAGGAUUCGUGGACGCCCUGAAUGAGCUGCACCACUCGGACAGCUCGCAGGAACCGGGGAGCAUCCACGGGGCCACCUAUACCACUCUGGAACCUCCGGGCAGUAUACAGAGCAGCACCGAGUCCCUCAGUCAAGGUCUCAUGCAGAUCAAGGACGAGCCCCAGACGGUACCCAGCGUCUCGAGUUCGCCUCCCAUGUCGCCCAUCGACAUGGAGAGCCAGGAGAGGAUAAAGCUCGAGAGGAAGAGGCAGAGGAACCGCGUGGCUGCCUCCAAGUGUCGCAGGCGCAAACUGGAGAGGAUCUCCAGGCUCGAGGACAAGGUUAAGCUGCUCAAGGGAGAGAACAGCGAGCUCAGUGCGGUGGUCCACAGGCUGAAGGAGCACGUGUGUCGCCUCAAGGAACAAGUUAUGGACCACGUCCACUCGGGGUGCCAGAUCAUGACCGUGUCGGGUCAGUUCUGAAAUGGGCGAGGCGUCUUCUCGAGGGAGAGAUACUUUCCAAGCCCAGGGUCGGCGUGACGCCAGCGUUCCGGGGACCUUCGCCGGACUCCUACGACGUCUCCUGGAAAGCCGAGAAUCGAGAAACGAACGACGAGGGUGACCUGUACCUUUUGUUUCGUUAUCUCGAAGCAACUACGCGGCGUGAACCUCUUGGCAGCGUCCUGGAACUACGGCGACGUCCAGUGGCCCCUGGAGUCGCGCUGUGGCGGCCAUUUUGGAGAACGCACGCGGGAAAUUCGAACGGCGCCGACGACCGACGGAUUUAGAAAUUUCUCGACCGCGUGCCAUUGAUAUGUCGUCGUCGAUAGUCGAGGGAUACGCGGUAGUUUGCGGGAAAUCCCGAGAAUGCAUUACUGGGACGAAAUACUCUUCAUCUUUCACCGAGGAUACCGUGCCUCGUCUCGAGGGGAAAUUAAUAUUACGUCGAGAUUCGUGGAAGUAGCCGCAAUAUUUUGGACACAUUCUUUGUCGGACUGGCGAGAUCAUUUUAUUAACUCGGAAUUGACCGUUCCCUUGAUCAUGGCGAAGGGUGGAUUGCACCGGUCUUAAUGACUGGGAGAUUAUGCGGAUGUUUUAAGGAGCGGAGUCGAAAGUUGCCGUUUUCAGGGAUUUUUUUUCUUCUUUUAGGGUUUCGAGGUCGCUCUUUUGGGCUGGCUUGAUCGCCGACGUGUCUGUGUUCCCGUAACGCGUCACUUGUGCAUCUAGUCCUGUCCAGUAUGCCCUCGUAACUUAUACACACGCAGACGUACGUAUACAUACGUACAUACAUACACAUACACACACUUACGCAACGUAUAUGCACAUCGGCGCAGCGCGCGGCAUAGACAAACCGGCGGGACGGCCAUUGGCCCGUUUCCCCUGGAGCCGCCGCGGCUCGCGACAACGGAAAGCCUAGCGUCGACGGCUCCUAGAAUAUAAAAAAAAUUUUUCCCGUCGUUUCUUCAGUUCUAAACGUUCGCUAUCAAUCUGUAACUUCUCCAUUUUCUCCGGAAAACCUGGAGGGACGACCUCGGCCUCGUCUGGGAAUUUUUUCGCUCCUUGCCCCUUGUCGGAGAUGUAUUUAUGCCGCUCGCGAUAAUCGCCAUCGAUUCUCCCGGCUCGUCGAACGACGCGGCCGGUCUGUCUUAAUAUUAAUUUAUUUAUGCCGCGAGUCUGUGACGCGAGAUUUUAUUAUUCCGACCAGGGGCACGAGGCGAGACGGACCGUUCUCGGAUUUCUUCUUCGCUCGGCGGUAUUUCGACCUUAACGUUUUAAUUGCGAAUUAAUAUUUCGGCGAGGGGAGAUAUCGAGAGGACUCUCGGGGAAGGAGAUUAACCCCGGGGGCAGAGAUUCGAUUUUUUAUACGGACUUUUUAGCGGUAGGAAGAGGCGGAGGACACCAUGGGGCCUCUUCUACCCUCCGAGAGGGGUUUUCUCGCAGGUCCUUCUCCCCGCAGAAGAGACGUCACGCGAUCAAGGGUUUACUGUUUAAGGUGUGCCUUGUAGGAGAUACUCGGAGGGCGCCAUUUUGGAUUUUUGUCCGGCGUCGCCGCCUCUUCCGAGAGUUUUGCCUUCCCUUCCGGGGCUUCGCGGGGGUCCUCUCGGUGCUUUUCUUUCUCGGAAGAAUUUUCCUUAGAUUCGAUGUAUCCCUGCGAUGGAUCCCUCGGAUCCUGGGGCGAGGUUAAUUAGCUUAAUGCGAGCGAUCGAACCGAUGGAUUCUCGUCCAAAAUGGCGCGCGCGCUUGAACGGACUAUGUCGCGCCCUGAAGGGGGAAAAUAAUAUGUAAGCGCGAAUCGCUCGGCAACUCGCCGUUCUUCUAGAUGUAAGAAGCGCUUGCCAUUUCCGGGACAAACUCCAAAUGCAAUUUCGUCGGGGUCUUUCCUUGCGGCCGUAAUGAAAUUCGCUUUCUCCGCCGGUGUAGGUCGUGCCGAAUCUCACGGUGCUUCGGCCUCUCUUCUUUUCCUUUUCUUCUUCCUCCAUCUUUUUACACCGUUGAGCAACACGAUUUUCGACGCGCUAAAUCGAGGCGUUCUAUUUUCUGACCACUUUUGUACAGACCAUUAUUGCGGAGUGCCUUUGUAGGAACUUUUUUAAUGAGAAUAAGCGCGAAAUCGAAGCUUCGGAUGUGUUCUUUCCCUCCCACAGUUUUUUUUUCUUCGCAAUCUUUUAUAUUCUUCCCUCCCGUUCCUCUUUGCGAUGCACCUUGGGAUUUCGCAAGCGAGAAUCGUGAAACGCGUCGUAAAACAGCGACCUAGAAAUCGUAUAAAGAAUCGUUGAUUGGCGCGUUAGGGAACAUUAAUAACUAAUUAUUAUACGACGGCGAGGCGAGGCGCCGAGCGAAAGGGGGCGAGAGAAAGAGAGAGAGAGAGGAGGAAGAGGAGGCGUUGCACAAACGUAAGAAAGUAAUGAAAACUACAUGUGAUUUAGCAAUUAAG